AAUGCAGGUUUGCUCAUAGUCUUCUGCACAAGGUUGAACUUACCGCGUCCCAAAUUCUUCAACCAGACCAAGAAGAAGAAAGGCAUCUGACAAUGCGCAUGCGCAGCUCUCUCACUGUCCUCUACCAUAACCAUGGCAGUCAACGGGACGCUGUACACGUACCCAGAGAACUUCAGGGCCUUCAAGGCCUUGAUUGCAGCACAGUACAGUGGGGCCAAGGUCAAUGUCGACAACAACUUCGUUUUUGGCGAGACCAACAAGUCUGAUGCCUUUUUGAAGAAAUUCCCCCUUGGCAAGGUACCAGCGUUUGAGACCACCGAUGGCAAGUGCAUCUUUGAAAGCAAUGCCAUUGCAUGGGCUGUGGCCAAUGAUCAGCUCCGUGGGAAGACGGCCAUGGAUCAGGCCCAGGUUGUUGCCUGGAUGAACUUUGCUGAUAAUGAAAUCCUACCGGCCUCAUGCACGUGGGUGUUCCCCUGCCUGGGAAUAAUGCAGUUCAACAAAAGCAACACUGAGAGGGCAAAGGAAGAUAUUAAGAAAGCCCUUGGUGCUCUCAAUACCCAUCUCUUACCCCGCACCUUCUUGGUAGGCGAGCGAAUCUCUCUUGCUGAUGUUUCAGUGUGCUGCACGCUCCUCCAUCUCUACCAGUAUGUGUUGGAACCCUCCUUCAGGAAGCCAUUCCAGAAUGUCAAUCGAUGGUUUACAACCAUCAUCAACCAGCCCCAAGUGAAAGCUGUCAUCGGUGACUUCAAGUUGUGUGAUAAAAUGGCUCAGUUUGACAACAAGAAAUUCGCAGAAGUUCAAGGAAAGAUCAAGCAGGGCGGAGGUGAAAAGAAGCAAGAGAAAAAGGAGAAGAAGGAACCCAAAAAGGAGCCGCCUAAAAAAGAAAAGGAACCUUCUCCUGCUGCCCCAGCUGCACCCAAAUCCAAGGAUCCUCUUGAUGCCCUCCCUGCAGGAGACUUCAAUAUGGAUGACUUCAAGCGGUUUUAUUCCAAUAAUGACGAAGACAAGUCUGUACCAUACUUCUGGGAGAAGUUUGACAAGAAUCACUACUCUAUUUGGUAUUGUGAAUACAAGUAUGCUGAAGAACUGGCCAAAGUGUUCAUGACCUGUAAUCUUAUUGGAGGUAUGUACCAGCGUGUAGAUAAGCUUCGUAAGAAUGCCUUUGCCUCCAUGUGUGUAUUUGGAGAAGAUAACGCAAACAAUAUUUCUGGUAUUUGGGUCUGGAGGGGCCACGACCUUUGCUUCCCGCUUUGUGACGAUUGGACAGUAGAUUACGAAUCGUACGAAUGGAAGAAGCUAGAUCCUGAUGCAGCAGAAACCAAGAAACUCGUCGAUCAAUAUUUCAAAUGGACUGGUGCAGAUAAUAAGGGCCGCAAGUUUAAUCAAGGAAAGAUUUUCAAAUAAUUGUUUUAUUAAUGAAUAAACGGUUCAGUUAAUAUAUUAAUUAAAUGUUUCCUUUUCCACGGGUAGAUAAGUUAGUUACCUUGGGUAAUUGGCUGUCGCCCUGAAUUUGUAGAAAUUCCAAACAUUGUUGUGCUGGUUAGCUCUUUA